UACAAAUAUUUUAGGAGAAAUGAACAAAGUAUGUCUGUUCUAGUAAAGUGGAUUUGAUGAAGGAGCAUCCCUGAGCGUGUCACCGCAAACUCUGUAAAUAACUUCUUCCACGCCUUUUUCCUAUUGAUAUCCUAUAUAAAUAGAUUGAAGCCGGGAGGAGGACUGUCAGAAGGAGAACAAAAAUUGGAGAAAGCCCCACGCUCUAGAUCCUCGCUGCUAAACGUGCCGCGAAAGAUGUUAUGGAGAAUGGCAACACAUUAAAUAACAUAAAUGAGACAAGAUUUAACGGACUUAUCAGUGGAACAGAUAAGAUGACAGUAGUCUACAAAGUGCCGCCCUACUCACAUCCCAACAAACGGCCCAUACAGUCAGUUGGUGGGACUUCUUCUCAAGGAAAUAGUGUAACGAUGAUGGAGGGGAGAGGACAGCACAUGUCCGGGACAGUCCCAACAAUUAUUCAACAAACUUCUCCCCAGCCGAACAAUAUUCCUCAACUACAUUCCCAACAAACCUUGUAUUCCACUAGCCCCAACAAGGUUCCCCAAGCUCAGAAGAUGGUGCUGCAGCUCCAACGGGAUCCAAAAACAGGAAACCUAAUGAUGCUGAACAACCAGCCCAUUCGCCCUCAGACAGUCAUCCAGAUGGACAAUCAGGGUGGGCCGGCAACAGGUCAACAGCAGGCUCAACAGGUGGCUAAUCAUGGGUAUCACCCGGGGCGGCACCUUCACCACCAGCUCCAGCUUAAACACUUGCCGCAGGGCGGUGGUCCGGGAGUGACUCAGCUAACCCACGCUCCAGUAGUUCAGCAAGCAUCACCCCAACGACCGCAGAUAAUCCAACCUCGUCCCCCACAAGCCUACCAACAACAGGCGCCCCGGCCCCAACAGCAGUCCUAUCAGCCUAACUACGAGAACAUGACCUACACACGAACCUACCCACAAACCAACCAACAGUCGUACCAGUACAACUACCAGACUCUGCGGCCGGUCACACGUUACGUCACCCCCCAGUACCAGCAGCACAUGUUGGUGCAGAACAACAUGCGCCCAGGAACCCAGACUGUGGCUCCAGCCCAGGUCAUGACGUCACAGCCCCGUUUUCCUUUUCAGAACCACGUGUUGUCUACCAGCCGCGCUGUUACCACGGAGCGACUUUCUCAUUUCGACUACGGCGAGCAAGAUGAGGUAUCGAACAAUCGGCCUGGUUUUCCCCGGACCUCGUCCUAUCAACAAGUUAUCGAAAACGAGGACAAGUCAACGUUACGUGUAUCACAUGCCGGUCACGUACCUUCUUACAACCCUGUAUUUGUGGGACCUCAACCUGCUCAGAUCAUAGGACAACUCCGGCCUAACCAGACCUUUGUAUCUCAACCUAACAUUAUCUCAACCCAGUCCAGUACCCAUUUCCGUGCCACUUCAGUUCAGCAACCCUAUGUUGUCCGAAACCAAAUCAGGAACUCCGCACCCCUCCAACAAACAGCCGGUCUCCCAAACCGAGCUCCCAAUGUUGUAGCGACUCCCGCGCAAUCCUCCUCAACAGACUACUCGGCGGUGCGGCCUGUCAUCCUCACGGCUCAGCAGGCUGGCCAGACCUUUCAGAGCAGUCCUGUUGUGGUGCAAAUAAACGGAGGGAAAAGUAUCAGAGGUUCCAUCGUCUCCCUGAAUACCCAACAACAACAACAACAACAACAACAACAGCCACAACAGCCAGCUAAACAGAUAAAUCCAGCUACUUCUACUCAUGUUUAUUUUACAAUUCCUCAAGGUAACGGUGCUGCUAAGUUCAUUAAAACUCCCAAUGGACAUCUGAGGCCUGUCAAUGGAGUUGCUAUCCAGAACUCUCUCUCCCAAUCCAAAAUGUACACAGUGCGCUAUGUUAACCCCAAAUCGGAGGACGGUAAAACUAAACAGUUUACUAUCUACUCUCCCAUAGCUCCGUCUAAUAAUAACGUAAAGAUACUAACUUCUCAGUCCUCAAAGCCGUCAGAAAAGAUUCUGCUCCCAAAAGGAGGCACCCUGUCAGCUCAGGAACAGAACAGGAAGCGGAAGUUGACGCCGACCAAGGCAGGGAUAUCCUCCUCUCAGCAACCCAACAAGUUGACCAGGAUAGAGCCUAAACCUCACCAGACUGCUGCUUCAUCACAACACAACGAACUUAUACAGAGGGUAAACAAAUCAUUGGAAGGAGAUCGUGAGGCUGUCCAAAGACCAGACUGUAACACUCCCUUUGAAUCAUUCCCGGACGCUUUUAGAAAACUUAUGAAAUACCACAUCUUCUUUGAGCCGGACACAAAGGAUUCCUAUCUUAAAAGAGUUGACAAGUUGCAUGACGAAGUAUCACAAAAGUUAGAUAAAAGAAAGGAGAAUCUUUUCAACAAGUACUACAGUCGAAUCAUGGCGGAUGUUGCUAGACCUAUGCCGAAUUACGCCGAAAGCUCUGUUGCUGUGUCUUUGCUGCAACAGAAAGUCCCUCAAGACAAAGAGGAACUGCAAGAACUCAAGGAUGAAAUCCGUAAGGCUAAGGCUGAUAAAGCGAGAGAGGAGCAGAGGGAAAGUGAAAAUAUUUCUCCCGACCCUGAAGGAGAGUUUGACUGAGCAAUUCGCCACUGUUCAUGCACUGUGUGCAGAUGAAUUCAACCGGACAAAACUGAGGAUGCUUUGAGUUAACUCUUAAUGACGAACGGAUUCUAUCAUCAACUCUCCGAAUAUACUUAAUUAUGCUCAGUUUUUCGCAAAAUUGCGAUUCGAAUGCGAGAUUUUACAGGCGAGAUUGUGCGUAAAUAUUCUUUUAAUUUCGCGCUUUUUGAUUUAGGGUAUGCUCUACUUAAAUAAAUUUGUUUUGUAAUUGUUCUUCUUAAAGAAAAUUGAUAGUCGAGUUAAGAUACAUUUGUUGUAUGUAGGUAAAAGUUUUAUAUACCUCAAAGAAGCAGGUUGAGACCAUCCUCAAUUGCCUUAAAACAAGAUUAACCAGAUCCAAUGUUGCUUUCAAUGUAUGAUAAUUUGUCUAAGAGUGUAAGAUUGCCGGUUCAUCAAACAAUUUAUAUUUUGAGUUCUUGUUUCCAGCUUUAAUAAUUAACAAGAAUAAUCUGACAUAAUUUAGCACUUCUCGACAUGGGCCCAUUACGGAUAGUGGGGAAGUUAUGAUGCUGAUAUUAUAUUUAUAUAUGUAUGAUUUUGCAGUCUAACUUAUUCCUAA